UAUUUCUCCGAAUUGCCGCGCCUCGCGGAGGGCUCGCGAAGAUUGAUCGCAGUAAGCAUCAAAACCAAAUUUCUUUAAGACGUUGAAGAUACGAGAUUAUCGAGACACUUCAUCUAGAAAAUAUCAUAGAAGUAUUUAUAAGUAGUUUUUGUAUCGUGGAAGCACCAAACCAGGACUUGAAACCUUUCAUUUAGAAGCUGGAAAAGACUUCUAAACUUUCAAGAUGGCGCCUAUAUUGUUAACCAAAGAGCAACAAGACGAGCUUCGAAAUAUUCGCAGAAAGAAGUCUGGAAAUUUGAAAUACCCUACUCCAUGCAAUGAAGACUCCUUUGAGUCAUCAAAUGGUGGGGUGUCGACCUUGGAGAGACAGGCUUCUUUCGAGUAUUUGGUUGAAGAAUCGAAAGGACAAAACAGUCUUGAAGUCGAGAGAGAAAACAGAGUGUGGUCGUCUCUCAAGACCUCUGCCUGGAUAGCUGAAUUUUCUAAGAUUUUCCUCAGAUCUUCAAACGAGCUAACCAAUCUUUGUAAAUCGGGUUUAUCUGUGGUGAAUAGCAGAGAGAUCGUCUCAAAAUGUUGCGAGGAAGCGGCCCCACCGCUUAGCGUUUGCCUCAGUGACAAAGAGCUCAUUAAAGACGAAGAGAACGCCGAGUGUUUGGAAGAGAAAGACUUCUUCGAAGAGACCGGUAGCCCGGUAGAACACGAAGUAGCAGAGAAUGUGGAGGACGACUCCAGUCAAACAAAAAAAAAUAAUGAAACAGAACUACAAGAAGAGGAGCCUCCUUCUGUCGGGGACGCAAUGGAAUGCAAGGAUAAAGAAAAAAAGGGGCGAAAAAAACUUCAGCCGCGACAGAAAAUAGGGGUCAAGAAACGCAACGUUUUCGUGAUUUUGGACAGUGAGCCAAUCUGUUCCCAGCCCAAACGCCCAAAAAAAUCUAACAAGACCAAGACAUUGAAAAGGAAGUGUGAAACCCCAAGACUGGCGAAUGGGAAAUUAACUACAGAGAAGAAAAAUCACAAAUGCAGCCCUGUUCAAAAAAUAAGAACAAGUAAUGGCGUUGUGGUUCGGCAGGCUCAAGGAGUACAUCACCAAGGGUCAGACUCUAAGAGUCAGAACUGGAGGAACACAGGUCCCCGUCACGUCUCAUGCUCCGACUCAGGCCUUGGGAGUGGUGAUAGCAGUGGGAGUUUCAAAAGCACUGGUGAAAACCCUGAAAACAAUGGCAGUGCUGGUGAUGGGUCAGGGGAUAGAGGAUUUCUUGGUGGUGGCGGUGGAGGAGGAGGGAGUUCUGGGGGAGGAGGUGGCAGAGAUGAUGAAAGCGGUAAGCGCCCUCUGAGUAGUGGGGACAUUAACAUGGAGGAAGAGUGUGAUGAUGAGGAGGAGGAGAAGGAAGAGAAGCCUGACCAGGAGAUGACAUCAGUCGGGUUCUCUGGUAGUAAAGAUGUUGAGGAACACAGUGUGGACUGGCAGCACCUUCAAUUCGAUCCCCAAGAUAUCCAGCAUGUUUACUAUAACUGCUUAAAAGAAAACUGUCCAAGAGCAAAAUGUGCGUGGCGAGAGAGGAACCAUUUUGAAGGACAUGACAACAGUGGAUGUCAGCGCUGUGUUGCCUUUAAAGGGCACCUCAACACCCAUGCUAAAAAAUGCUGUCGCCCAGGCUGCAGAGUCUACAACUGUUAUGGUGGUCAAAAUAAAAAUAAAGUGUGCACAGCUCAAGCCCCUCCAAAGAAUGGCCACCACAACUUUGUUCACCAGGGCGCCCCACAAUUGAUUUGUGGGACUGUAAUCUAUCCACAAAUUCCAGGUACCCAAAGAAGAUUUCUCACGGAAGGGGUUAACUAUCAGAAAAAAGAUGUCAAGAGCUUCAGCAAGGGUGCAAACGGAGAAGUCUUUAGAGUUCUUGUAAUCUCAGGUGACACAGAAAGGGAAUUGGUUCUUAAAGAGACCAACUACUCGCUCAAUGUACAAGAGUUGGAAGUAUACAAAAGGAUGGGCCAACAUCCGAACAUUGUAGAUCACUACUGUAUUACCCUUGGUAACCUUAAAGGGUUAUUGAACAUGAACAUAUUCAUGGAACAAUGUGACAUGUCCUUGCGUGACUACCUGGAUUACAUGAAAGCAGAAGGCAGCCAACUGUCAGUAAAUGAGGCAAUGUUCUACUGGACACAAGUUUGCAUGGCUGUUGACCAUAUACACACCAGUGGAAUAAUCCACAAAGACAUAAAAGCGAAGAAUGUGUUACUCUGCCUCAACCAGGGAGAGCUCCACAGGGCAAAGCUAUCAGACUUUGACUCAGCAAUGUGGCUUGAGCAAGAGUUCACAGCUCCUGGGCUAAUGCAGGCGGGGACUAGAGGGUUUGCCGCCCCUGAGGUCAUGGAGAAAGAACCUCAUGGACGCCCAGCAGACAUCCACAGCUUGGGGGUCCUUUUGUUUGAGCUAAUGGGUGGUGUACCACCCAUUGACAAUCGCACAACUCUGAAGAAAAGAGUCAAAGAUCUUGGCCAAAUCAGCCCUGAUGUGAAGCAAAUUGUGGAAAGGUGUAUCCAAGAUGACCCAACCUUGCGACCAACUGUCAAAGAUCUCUUGGCGGAUGACUUUCUUAAGCAGUACCAGCAAGUAUCAAGCGAAGUGUAACAUUCUGAGCCUAUUAAGGCUUAAUGAAAUUGAAACUGUAGAAAAAUACUGUAAGCUUAAAUUUUGUAUAUUUGAGUAUGCCAUUAAUGUAUUUUGUAUGAAAAUACAUGAUGCAUUUGACAAGGUUAAUAUUCUGCUUUUGAAAAGAAUAUAGAAUUUUAGUAUACAUGGAGAUUUUAAAUUUUCAUGUCAGUAUAGAUUAAUGUGGUUAAAAUAAGUAUGAUUUUUGAUAAAAAUAGAAUUGUAGUGUUACAUGGAGAAUUUUUAUUUUCAUGUAAUAAUGACAUGUAAAAUUUCUCAGUAAUAGUUUACAUGUAGGUGGAAAACAAACAUGCUAUAGGAAUGUUUUCUGCUUUUCAAUUAUUUGCAGUUUUAAUUGAUACUACUCAUUGCAUUUUUAAUAAUUCUAUUUAGCCAAAUUGUAGUGAAAAAUUACCAAAUUUAAAACAAUAAAAAAAUUAGCAAUA